GACGACGAGGGACGAGAGACACCGACAGACAGACAGAGAGACAGACAGAGAGAGAGAGACAGACAGACAGACAGACAGGCAGCAGGAGGCUUUAACUGUCUGCUACCUGGGCCUCUGAGUGUGUGUUUGUUUGUGUGUGUUUGUGUGUGUGUGUGUUGGAUCAGCUGAUUGGACCACACAUGUUGGAGGGCGGAGCCAUGAUGGGCAAAGAUUACAUGUUGGCCAUCCUCAUAGUGAACUAUGACGACAACGUCUGGAUGGACCAGAACCUGCUGCUGGAUCCGGAUCUUCCCUCCGGAUGGAGAACCAUCAAAGACUCAACAGGAACGUACUACUGGCACGUUCCAACGGGGGCCACCCAGUGGCAGCACCCCCGCCUCAGUGGACCGGCCCAACCGCUACAACCACAGCAGGAGGAGGCUGGAGAGCAGAGCUCCAACGGAGAGACAGACGGACCACCUGAGGUCUUAACAACGUGGCAUGAAGAUUAUCUAACGUACAAUAAUAACAACAACUCCAAGUGUUUUGCAGUGCGCUCUCUGGGCUGGCUGGAGGUGGAGGAGGAGGACCUGUCUCCCGGUCGCAGUAGUCUCGCUGUCAGUAACGUCAUCCAGCAGCUGUCUCACUGCAGCAGCCCUGAGCAGAGAGACAGGCAGGGCGCCUGGGGGGAGGGUCGGGAGAUGAUGCUGGUUCUGAAGAAGGACACUCUGAACCUGUUGGACCCUUUAGACCACACCCUGCACUGUCAACCAAUUAUCAACAUCCGUGUGUGGGUCGGCUGCAACAACGGCAGGGACAGGGACUUUGCGUUCGUGGCGGGUGAUAAGGACAGCUGUGUGCUGAAGUGUCACGUGUUUCGCUGCGACGCUCCGGCCAAAGCCAUCGCCACGGCGCUGCAUGAGAUGUGCUCCAAGAUGAUGUCCGAGAAAACGUCGAUGAGGACGUCUCGCUCGCUAACGAUGGAGAGCAUCUCACCUGAGGACCUGCCCAGACAAGUGGAGUUUCUGGAGGCCGUGCGAAAGCAGGUCCAGAAGUUUGAGGUUCAGUACAUCGGUAACCUGCCGGUGUCCAGAGCGAUGGGUAUGGAGGUGUUGAACAGAGCGAUAGAAAGCAUCAUGAACUCCACGGACAGAGACGAGUGGGAGCCGACGGUGAUCCACGUCACUGACAAGAUCCUGUCCCUGUGGAGGGGGGAGGAAGGGGAGGAGCCUCUCUGGGAGUGUCAGGUACGUUUCCUCACCUUCCUGGGCGUCGGCCACGACUGCCACACCUUCGCCGUGAUCGUAGACGGCGGCACGCAGAGAUUCGAGUGUCACGUGUUCUGGUGUGAGCCGGAUGCUGGGAACCUGUCUGAGGCGGUCCAGGCAGCAUGUAUGGUCCAGUAUCAGAGGUGUCUGGUGGCUCAGACUCCUCCUCCGAGGACCAAGUCGUGGCAUGUGGCCCCGUCAAAGGUCAAACGGGCAAACUCCAUGGACGCCUUCCCGUCUCUCACCUCCCGUCCCCAUGGCAACGGCAGCAUGAUGAUGCCGAGGAUAACCAAGGGCAACGGCAACAGCGGCGUGAGGAAGGGGAUGCUGGCGUUCUUUGAAACAUUUCGUAAACAGGCCGCCACCUCCUAAUGAAGGGGGCGGGGCCACCGGAGACACGUGUCAUCAGAGGACGCCGCUCC